UAACCUAAUUCUUUGUUUACAAUUCCCACUAGCUGCGCCUCUUCUUCUUCCCGAAAGAAAAAAAAACCUAAUCCCUUUGCUCAGGCUUCUUCUCUGUUCUGUUCUGUUCGGUUCGGUUGUUCCUCAACAAGAAAUGGAGUCGCAAAUUAAGCAUGCUGUGGUUGUGAAGGUGAUUGGAAGGACUGGGUCUCGUGGGCAAGUGACUCAGGUGAGGGUCAAAUUUAUCGACGAUCAGAACCGUUUCAUCAUGAGGAAUGUCAAAGGCCCCGUUAGGGAAGGAGAUAUUCUCACCUUGCUCGAGUCUGAACGAGAAGCUAGGAGGUUGAGAUAAUUGGUUCGUCUACUUAGUAGUUUGCGAAUGUAUUCGAUUUUGUUCUGAAUUGACAUUGACUCUCGUGUUUACUUUUUGUUUUGGUUGAAACAUCUAUGCGUUUUUCUUCAGGCUAUGAAUUAUUCCUUUUGAGUUAAAGAUUGUUUAUUCUUGGUUCCAU